CCCCAAGCCUAAAUUAUAUAAGCUCGAUACCAGUUGACGUUGAAACAGCUGAUUGCGACACCAUGUGUUUGGCAGGUGUGGGGUGUUUCGGGUAGGCUUCAUCAUUGUGAGACCAUCAAAUAUUCAGUUAGAAAUUAACAGUUGCAUUCCAAUCCAGUCCAUGAUCCGGUAUUGUUAUGUGGUUGAAUGAUUGGACGCGUCCUCUUCGUACAAAGCGUGGGUUAGGGCUAGGAUUUUUAAAAUUCGCCGCGGUUGCGUUUCCCACUAGCGAGGAUCCUUGGCCUAUUAAUUGCACUCCUACUAUUAGUCAAUACCUACUACGUAUUGGAUUGCAUUGCGUUGUUCCUGAAUCAGAGCAUAAUCGAAUUCCAAAGAUUUGGAUGACUCGAUGUCUGAAAGUUUGAUGCUAAAUCUAUUAAUAAAUAUUUCACAUACAAGGAAAAUCCGCAU